GUCGGGUCACGUGAGCCGGUUCCAAGAUGGCGGCUGGGGUGGCCGGGUGGGGGCUGGAGUCAGAGGAGUUCGAGGAUGCGCCCGAUGUGGAGCCCUUGGAGCCUACACUCAGCAACAUUAUCGAGCAGCGCAGCCUCAAGUGGAUCUUCGUCGGGGGCAAGGGCGGCGUGGGCAAGACCACUUGCAGCUGCAGCCUAGCAGUACAGCUGUCCAAAGGGAGAGAAAGCGUCCUCAUCAUCUCCACGGACCCAGCCCACAACAUCUCUGAUGCCUUUGACCAGAAGUUCUCCAAAGUCCCCACCAAAGUGAAGGGCUAUGACAACCUCUUUGCUAUGGAGAUUGACCCCAGCCUGGGCGUGGCAGAGCUUCCUGAUGAGUUCUUUGAGGAGGACAAUAUGUUGAGCAUGGGCAAGAAAAUGAUGCAGGAGGCCAUGAGCGCCUUCCCUGGCAUUGACGAGGCCAUGAGCUAUGCUGAGGUCAUGAGGCUGGUGAAAGGGAUGAACUUCUCAGUCGUUGUGUUUGACACGGCCCCCACUGGUCACACGCUUCGGUUGCUCAAUUUCCCGACCAUUGUUGAACGGGGCCUGGGCCGCCUCAUGCAGAUCAAGAACCAAAUCAGCCCCUUCAUCUCACAGAUGUGCAACAUGCUGGGCCUGGGUGACAUGAAUGCUGACCAGCUGGCCUCCAAGCUUGAGGAAACCCUGCCUGUCAUCCGGUCAGUCAGUGAGCAGUUCAAGGAUCCGGAACAGACAACCUUCAUUUGUGUCUGCAUUGCUGAGUUCCUGUCCCUGUAUGAGACUGAAAGGCUAAUCCAGGAGCUGGCCAAGUGCAAAAUAGACACCCACAACAUAAUCGUCAACCAGCUGGUGUUCCCCGAGCCUGAGAAGCCCUGCAAGAUGUGCGAGGCCCGGCACAAGAUACAGUCCAAAUACCUCGACCAGAUGGAGGACCUCUACGAAGACUUCCACAUUGUGAAGCUGCCGCUGCUGCCCCAUGAAGUUCGAGGGGCUGACAAGGUCAACACCUUCUCCAGCCUCCUGUUGGAGCCCUACAAACCACCCAGCGCUCAAUAGCCCAGAAAGACCGCUUGCCCACCCUUGGCCCUGGCUCCUCCUGCCAUGCAUUUCCCUGGAACUCUCCUCUGCCCCUAGGGCAGUUUGCACAGAUGUUCCUGAUGCCCCAUAGGGAAAGUUGCUGGUUUGGGGGAGGAAAGGAGGGUGGGGGCAAGGAAAGGAAGGUAUUUAUUUCUUUCUCCCAAGGGGCAGGGAGCUGAGCUGAGUAGGGCCAGGUGGGGGGGUGGGAGUGGGAGAAAUACAAAUUCAGUAAGGCUGUGCCCUGCAGCCUGCCUCUGUGUCAGGGGUUCCAGGCUGCUAUCUGUCCCCUCAUGACCCUGCUACCUGGCACCCAGUCACUGACUCUGGGUGACCAUGUUCCCUCCUUGCCCCCCCUCCAGUCCAAUAACUUCUCUCCCUCAUCCCCAAUAAAUAUGAUCUCUAAUAA